AUGGGUUCCCGCGUGGGGAAGAAGCGGCAGAUGCUCGGCUGUUGCCCAGCGUGGCUGAAUAAUGGGUUCCCUGUCUUCUGUGUUUCAGUACUUGGCAUAGGCCAUGGGAACAAGCUGCUCACUGAUCUGUACAACUGCCACCUGAACAAGGUUUACACUGUCGGUGGGCUGUUUGGUAAAGCCACUGAUGACUUCUCAGACACAGGGACGCUAGUGGAGAAGACAACAUUUGAUCAUAUCACAAGGGAGAAGCUGGAACGGAUUCUUGCUAUCAUUCAAGGAACAAAUCACAAGGCGCUGCUGAUGUAUUCAAACAUUGAUAUGAAAACACAAGAGGCAUACGAGCUGGCUGUCAGAGGGUUGAUUCGCCCCAUGGGAAAAAGCCCUCCAAUAAUCACAGCAAUCCGAUGCCUCCAAUUUGAACUUCCAGAAUUCCAGCUAGAAAUCCAUUGCUUGCACGAGACUCAGCAGUACCUCCGGAAAAUAGUUCAUGAGAUUGGUCUGGAGCUGAAAUCAUCUGCUGUGUGCACACAAGUGCGAAGAAUACGCGAUGGUGUUUUCACACUGGAUGAUGCUCUCCUGAGAAACCAGUGGAACCUGCAGAGCAUACAGAAUGCGAUUUGGGACUGUCAGCUUAAAGUGAAAACAGAGUUAGAGAAAACACUAGGCCAUCAGGAUAAAAGUCAUCUGCACAAGAUGGAUGCUGAGAUGGCCCACACCACGGACAGCUGAGCGUGUGCUACAGAGGGAAUGUCCACAAGCAAUCUCUGUAGCACAAUAACGCAGCUACGUGCUGACAGCAUGAUGGACAGUAGAAGGAAAGAGGUUAAUUGCAGUUCACUUCCACCCUUUCCUUGAGAUGACUUUAAUCAGAGGGGCAUUUUUUUUUCAGUGACAGGCUGUGGGUUUUUUAAAGCAUCACAAACAAUUCAUUAACAGGAGUUAGCUGUGCCAAAAUUCCUGUUGACUUCAGGAACAUUAGGUUGCUAAGGGAUAUAAAAACCCAUCCCCAAAUUGUUUAGCAGCAGGAAAUAGUGUCUUACAGAGCUGUAUUCCCUUGAUUGCACGGAUUUGUUUGUUCCUUGCAACUGGCAGCAUAACUGAUCUACAUGUGGAUUUUAUUUUCCCUCUGUUGUCCUAGAGUAUUGUUUUUCCAUUAGUCCUGCUUUCAGACACAGAACAGCUCAAAAUCAGACUGAAAGAGGGAUGUACAGGAGAAAACACAGCUCACACAGAGCAAUGCAAGGAAAUGGUUAUAUCCAGAGUAGGCAUCUGUGAUGAGGAGAGGCUUGUAAUAGGCACUGAUGCACAAGAUAUAAAAAAAAAAAAAUAAAGUGACCUAAAGGGGGAGAGGCUGUUUCUUGGCUGAGCACUCAUCUGUGAGUACAGACUCAUUAAAAAAGAGCAUGCUGCUUUUUAUUUUUUUUUCCUCCAGAGGAACCAAGGGUGUUCAGGGGUCUCUGGUAUCCUGCUCUGCAGCAGCUCUGUGCAGACAGCAUUUACUGCCCUUCAGUGAAACUCUGUGAGCUCUGUAAUACCAUUUGUUAUGUUAGCUCAUGAUAGCUGGGUCUGAAUUAGCAGAAGUAAGUUUUCUAAAUUUAAAUUAAAAAUCUGAAGUUAC